AUUCCAAAAAUGCAGAAUUUCAAAGAAAAAGAUUGCGAAUAGUAAUAAAUACUUUAUGUUCUUUUGCUUUAGGCACUAUAUACUUUUCUAAAGUGUUGGACGAUUCUCGACUGUACCAUCUUCAAACCGUAAAACUGGAAUCGGUAAUGACAACGACAUCUUGGACGAAAUAUGACAUAUACCUGAAUCAGUUCGAAUUCAAAGUCAAGAAAAAUAAUAUUACAGUUCUGACACACAAGAGUCAGAAGCCUCUGAUAAUGUACUGGUUCUCCAUAGCCGCUCAGAAAGGCUGGGUUAUCUGGAGUGCCAACUGCGAACCCUUGGACUUGGAUGGUCCUCCAAGAGAUGGUGGUUGGUCUGCUUGGUCGCCGUGGACGUGUACAGUGUCGUGUGGAGGGGGAGAGGGUUAUCGAACAAGAACUUGUUCCAAUCCUCGUCCUAAUAUAUUCGGGAAGCUAUGUCAAGGUUCUCCCACUACAAGUGGCAAGUGCAAUGAUUUUCCUUGCGGUGAUGUCAGUCCUGAAACAUUGGAGAAGAUCCGAGGAUAUUUACAAAAAGAGAAUUUCGGCUAUGUAAUCGAAGAAGGUUCUAGUCAAGUUUUGCAAAACAAUCAGGAGUUGCUGAAAAUUAUUGGUAAGGAAUCCCCUAAAGCUUACUAUGAAUGGACCUUGAAUGGACUUUUCAUUAAGGCGGAACAGGAUCGUGUGAUAUUUGAAAACCAAAACAUCAAAAUAAAAAACGUCAAAUUCCUUGAUGCCGGUUUGUAUGUGUGCAUGUUAUUCAGAAUAAACAAGAAAAGAGUAGUACUGCGAGUGAUAUCUCUAGCAGUGAAGUCACAAAAGUACAACAUUGAAACCAGGGCUACCCAUUCUUUGACUCUCUCGUGUAAUUCUGUAAUUUUGGGGUACAUUUACUCUGAUUUGAGCAUGAAAUUGUAUUUGAACGACAACGUUUACAUGGACCAUGGUACCACUACUCUAGCUGCAGUAAAUACUCACUUCUUUGAUUCUUUAAACAUGUCUCAUUCUGGGAAUUGGAAGUGUGUUGUUGAACAGAAGGAUUUGAAGCUUUCAUGGAUUACUAAUUAUGUUAGAGUUAACGUGAGGAAAGCUCCGAAUCUUUUCACGAACUUGAUGGAAGAUAAACUCACCGCUCCCUUGUUUAGUUGGAUGAAAACUGACAGGAACGUUCUUAUUGGAAUCAUUGCGAUUAUUGUUGUAGUUGUUUUACUUGUUGUGCUUUUUCUUGUAAUUUACUUCAAAUUUUGUACCCUUAGAAAUUCGAGAUAUGAAAGAAAUAGGAGGAAAUAAUUUUUGUUGUUGAACUAUAGGCAUUGUUAUUCAGAUAUAGUUUUAUAUUCAUGGUUAUUUAUCAUUCAACUUAAAACAUUUUAAUUUUGAUUUCUUAUUCUCUUAAUGUUGAAAGUUAUGCAUUGUAGAAAUUAGAUUCAUUUUCAUUUCCUACAACAAUCUUGUAGUUUGUAUCCAAAGGGAUUGAUAGACUUGUUAGGGAAGUGCAUAAUUACUGUUUAUAUUUUUUAUGAAAAUAUAUAGUGAAAACAACACUUGAUAAUUAUUUGUGCAAUAAGACCUAUUUCUUUGAUUCACCACAUAAAGAAAUGUUGAAAUUUCUUUAAUAAUCUGAAUUGACUUCUAAUGUUGGAUGUAAUUCAAAAAAGAUGUUCAAAACAAGCAAUUGUCUUAAGAUAGAGAUGAGCGUUGAUUUUGAAGCAUUCAAUUCUUCUGCAAUCUCAGUAGAGUAAAAUAUAUAAAGCUUGCUCAGGAGUAGACAUUCACCAAGGUUUUAAUAGAAUAAAUUAAAUGAAUGUUUUUUCCAUUGUUAGUAGGAACAGUGGCUAGUAUACUCCCAGAGUAUGUAGCGGUCUCAGAUCUACUGAAUUUAUGGGCGAACCCUUCACGUGGUGAAUCAAAGAAAUGUAUUUUAAUUAAAUCAAAGUCAUGUUGAUUUGU